GCUGCGAAAGCACGGCACUAGGACCCUGUUACACAGUCCACACUCUUCGCCACGGUUGAACAAAUGUGUUCACGUACAAGUCACAGCCAUCCUCUUCACAGAGAAGCGAAGCAACAUGCAGAUAAAAUUGAUUGCAAGGCUGUAAAGAGAUGCCUGGACGAACUGGAGAAAUGGGCUAACGUUAGCAGACACCUGCCAAGAAGAUUUGAGGUUUCCGUGUUAUUAUGUUCAGCGCAGUCAGCACUAUGACUGAUGGGGACUAUGAUUACCUUAUCAAGCUCCUGGCUCUGGGGGACUCGGGAGUGGGGAAGACCACCUUCCUUUACCGGUACACCGACAACAAGUUCAACCCCAAGUUCAUCACCACAGUGGGAAUCGACUUCAGGGAAAAGAGAGUGGUGUACACGGCAUCCAGCCCCAAUGGGACCACCACAGGGAAGACCUUCAAGGUCCAUCUUCAGCUCUGGGACACAGCAGGACAGGAGAGGUUCAGGAGCCUGACCACAGCCUUCUUCAGAGACGCCAUGGGGUUCCUCCUCAUGUUCGACCUCACCAGCCAGCAGAGCUUCCUGAACGUACGCAACUGGAUGAGUCAGCUCCAGGCCAACGCCUACUGCGAGAACCCCGACAUCGUGCUGGUGGGCAACAAAGCCGAUCUGGCUGAUCAGAGGGAAGUCCAGGAGAAGCAGGCCAAGGAGCUAGCCGACAAGUACGGGAUCCCCUACUUUGAGACGAGCGCGGCCACCGGCGCCGAGGUGGACAAGGCCGUCAUCACGCUGCUCGACCUGGUCAUGAAGCGCAUGGAGCAGUGCGUCGACAAGCCCCCGGCCGAGCCCCAGAACGGGGCAGGGGCCACCAAGCUGGGGCCCGCCGAGCCCAGCGAGAAGAAGUGCGCAUGCUAGACCCCUCCUUUCACCCCCCUCCCCCCCGGAUCGACGGCCCCUCCAUCCCCCCUGCUCGUCGUUCCUUGUCUGGUUCUGAAAGCCCCUCGUACCCUCUGGUGGACAGACAUGGAAGUGCAGCCUGGCCACAGCUUGUGUGUGGAUCAGGCACUCUACAAGGGGGCUGCUACUGUGUUGCAAGGCAGCAUGUGCCGGUUGUUUGUCUGUUCUGGCCUCUCUGAGGGCAAGGCUUGGGAUGUUAACCCCCACUAUGGUGUUGGUCAAUGCCAUAUGCCCUCACGACUAGUUUUUGUCCAAUUAAAUCUACUGCCUUGGCUGAUAAGGCCCCACCCAUAACCAUGUCGUAAGAAAGUACAACCAGUUAUUUACAUUUAAUUUUGAUUUGGGUUUUCAUGUUUUAUUUCCCGUUUUCAAGUCAGGUUUCUUUUGUACAGUUUUCUCGGAAAACAAAAUUUCACUUCUAGUCGCCAUACAUGUAAUUCCUAAACAAUUUAAUCUAACUAAUACUUUCUAAAUUGUCAAAUAUGUAACCAACAGUAGAAACAGACGUUUAUCGCUCAGCUUACAAUCAGUGAAAUAACACCAAUUUAGGAGGACCAAUCCGAAAAAAGCAUAAUCUUGUAUUCUCCCCCUUGUAAAAUGUAUGGAGUUGAGCUCUACAGCUUAUUGUUGACAGAGAUAGGUAUCUCAUGAUGUAUGAACAGAGACCUGGUAUAUACCAACAUGCUCUCUGUCCUGUCUGUCUUAAGUCAGCUUUUGUGUCUGUGUGUUUUAUAAUAUCCCAGACCAAAGGAUCAGACCCAUACAAUGCUAACUGUCUAGAGCAACCCCUGGUGACAGUCAUCCUAGUGCCAAAUACACCUACACAUUGCCUCAAGUCUUAGAGUUUGCCUGACUGCCUGCCUUCCUGUCUUUCUUUGUAUGUCUGUCUGUUUGUCUUUCUGGCUGUCUCUUUGCCUGCCUGACUACUUGUUUUGUCUGUCUGUCUGUCAGUCAAUGUAUCAAGGGCCUUUAAUGUUAAUACACACACACCAGAAACAAUCUCUUUGCACCAAUUUCCUAUAGUAGACAUUGUAUUAUUUGUUGUGAAAGAACACAAUAUUGCACAAAUGGCUCUUAACUCCAACAACUUGCUUAAAUCCAUUCUCAUGUGAGCCAGAGAGUAGUAAUACGAGGCUGUCCAUCUGGUCUUGUUUGAAGUAUAACAUGAAUCUUCGCCGCAAACUUAAAUUCACAGCGGUACACACCUGAAUGGAACAUAUCGAUCUUAUUAAAUACUGUACAUGAACUGUACACAACAAACAGUAUUUAACACAAUUCAAGUACACUACUAACAGUGUUUUUACUGUACAUAAACAAUAUGUGAAAAUAGUGUGCUAAACCAAUAUUGUUACUGUCAUCUUUCUUUAAGAAAUUGGUUUAAUGUUGUUGUUUUGGUGUUGAUUUGUGACCAAAUGUGUGGAGGAUCUUCCCAUCCUACAGCAUCACAAUUGCUUAGCAAAAGUUACAGAAGUAAAUGUACAAUAAUACAAUUAUUUAUCCACUAUUUAAAGGUAACAGUAUUCAGUAGUGGACUAAAGGGAUACCAUUAGUCUUAACAUUUAACUCAAUACUUGUUAUCCCAUGUUGAUAUUUGUUUGCUCCCCUGUCAUGGCCACAGGCACUUAUAUGAUCAAAACUAGGAUAAUAAGUGGACUCCUGGCAGUGUUACUGACUCAAGCCUGAAGCUUUUAGCCAAUCACGGCCCCAUGUACGUGCUCCACCUCUCUGAGAAUGUUGUACAAGGUCAAAACAAACUCAAUCCACUGUAUUUUUGUCUCUUAAAAAUACCGGCAGGUUCAUUUUGCGAUGCCAAGAUGAAAUGAGACUUGGUGUGCGUGUAAAAGCAUGCGUCACUGCCAGCCAACUCAACCGUAGUAUAGCUCUCCGACCCAGUAAGGACAGGCGUUGACUGUGGCUCCACUGUUUGCAUGUCCAUUGACAGCACAACACUUGACCAUACUUUCAGUCGUUCGAUCUAAGCUACAUGCACGGAGAGUCAAAGGCUUGGAGUUGUGUAUUUGAGUCAAUCAAGCCAAGACUUGUGCCAAACUGCUGUGCCAUCAUGAACCCAUUUAGUCUGACAUCCAUUCUCAUACAACAGUGAUAUCAACAACAUGUUUUGGUAUAUAUACACAUGUAUAUACUGUAUACAGGUCAUAUCUGCAGUAGGCUAGCCCAUGACAAUGCCCGGCAUAGAUAAAAACAAGUUGUAUCUGUUCAAUGUCACUUUAACACCUACGGUUUGUCUACUGCUAAAAGGAUGGAAACUUAAAUGAAAAUGAUACCUUUACUGAAUAAUUUGAAUUUUCAAAUGUGACAAUCUUUGGGACCAAAUUAUGAGAUUUCUUCCAUUUCUUGAAUUGAAACAAAUGUCUUGCUCCUGUUUCUUUCCUGGUCUUAUUCUUUUCAAGUAUUUAACCCUUUGACAAUUUCAGCAGUAUUUUAGUGUUAUUCCUGUGGUGUUGGGGCAAAUGAAUCGUGUAACUCAUGAAAAGGAAAUUUUUGAAAUCUAUCUCAAAUCCAUUCUGAAAGUUUACAUUGUCUGGACGAGUCUCUUUGUGCCUGUAAUGCUCUUUUGACCAACAAUUCUGUCCGAUCAUUUGUAAAGAUUGUGAGCUAUUAUAGUAGAUAUAUUUAAUGCAUUAAAGAACAUAAAGCAAAAUAUGAUUUGUGUAUAAUGUGCCCAGGUUGAAAUUAAUUCAAGUACCUCCAAGAGCUUUUAUUUUUGGAAUAUGUGUGUCCUGUGUAUUGAGAAAAGAAAAGUUUAAAUAUUCCAAUGCCUGCAGUGAGUUUUGUGUGUGCACUAAUGCCAGUCGGUCAGGUUGUUGCAUAUUUCAGUGCACCGUGAGCAUGAUCAACCUGAGAAUGAGCUUUGAAAUUGUUAAUGUUUUUGAUGCCUGUGGCUCUGACAGUAUGAUGUUUACCCUAAAGAGCUCCAGUUAAGGCACAAUCUGAAGCUUUUGUGUCCAGUCAAGGUUGCUGCUGUCCUGUUGGGGCAAUAAAAAUAACUUGGCCUCGCUCCUAGAACUUAGUAGCCUUAUGGACUGCAGUACCUUUUGAGUUUUGGUAACCAAAACACUGUCAUCUGGAGACAAAAUCAUGUGGAAAUGCGUUAAUACCCCUCUGCUUGAUCUCUUUAAACGGACUGAAUGACAUUUUGUGGCCAAUGUAAUUAUUUAGUCUGUUUCAUAUAGACCCUUAAUUCUUUGUUUGGUACUGGCUUGGAGGUGUUGCAUUGUGUGAUAGACUAUGUGCUUGAAUACAAAUGGUUUUUUUCUCAGUUCAUGUACUCCUUUCUUUUUUAUUAAGUUAAUAAAGUUUAUGAAAUCUUC